UUAAGAGCUCAGUGCCAUGCUGCCGGUCAACGGACAUGGAUCUCUUGGAAAGUAUAUAGGUACUCUUACCUUUCUCGUCCUUCCGAUCGAUCGUCUUCUCAUGAAUCGAUCGAUAGAUCUCGAACGUUCUCAAGACCGUCCGGUUCAAGUGCGUGUUCGCCGAAAGCGACUGACCCGGGAACGACGCGACGGAAUGGUGCUGAAGCGAAAUUGCGGGACGAUUCAAAUCGUGCGUGUGACGCGAAUCGAUGUGGAGAACCGUGCAUUCCGUCGACGAAGGAUCGCUGACGCGGCGGACGCACGUCGAUCGUCCCCGAGAGCGCAUUGUCACUCUCGAAUUGUUUGAUCGGGGUUCAAGGUUCCGGUUCAAGGACAUCUGCAAACAGAGACGGGAAACUGAUAACCGAUACGGAUGUGACCUGAGCUUGGGAUUGAAAUCGAAUGGCGAUGCUUUGAUGGAAAAUGGAUUUCUCGGAACGAUUGAAACUAUUCUAGAGAAUGGAGCGAGACACGUGGAUCUGGAAAUUCAGCAUUCCAGUGCAUGCGCUCCGUGCAUCAUUCUCCCUAAACCUGAAUUCGCGAAUGGUACAACUAAACAAAUCAAGAAAUCUUGCUUCCACUAUACUUGAGCUUUGUCUUACACAGUUAACAAAGAUCCAAGAUAUUCAUCAACUUUCCUUGAAUUUAAAAGGAAUUUGCUAUUCUUCGUCUUACUUACAUCCUGCAACAGAAAAAGAGAAAGUAAUUAAAGUAAUUAAAAUAAAAAUAGUUAUCGAGUUAGUCAUCCCUAACAACUAUCGAAUCAUCUUUAAAAGUAAAUUUUUCGUAAAACCACCUUAUUUCUCCUGCAUACGCAGCGCGUUCUCUCUGCAAUGAUCAUCGUUCCAAGAAACAUCGAGGUCGUCGUGGGUCAAGCGCAAGUUAUUCACGUUCAAAAUGGAAUCGUGGCGCACAGAAUUUUCCCAUCGCUGUGGAUCGUGCACAAGUCAACCCGCUCCGAUUCCCACAUCGUCCUCUCUCCCUUCAACAUCAUCCUCUGCAACAUUACCUAGCGCACAUCGUGCAUCAAGGCGGCGUUCUCCAGCCUCUUUAUCCGGGGGCGGUCGUAACGCGAUGAUGCGACAGUGGCCAUAGCCACGAGACCAACGAGAAAGACCCUCGGUACUCCGACUCCGAGCAGAGAAGACAUCGACAACGAGAAAGAUGCGGUACAUAUUUACCCUAUGUACAUCCAGCCAAUACCAUGAAGAAUCGUUCCACUUGCAAUUAGAGUGGUGGACGCCGGACAGAGGAAAGGCAAGAAAGCGAAAAAGAAAAGGAAGAAAGAAGCAAAGAGAAGUGACAGAGGCGAGGAGGGGAGAGGGUGGUGACUCUCUUCUAUGCAAGGGGGAUUAAAAAGAGAGACAGACAGACGUAUACUCGGAUGCAGAAUGGAAAGGGAGAAAAAGAGAAAGAAAGAGGAAGAAAUAUGUAUGUACAUACAUACAGGAGAACGGCACAUACCGCGCCCGCAUAAAACGGCCAUCCUCUCGUCGAGCACGUAACGCGUAGUAGGUGCUACAGGAUUGGUUGGCUUCUAUGUGUGGGGGCGGCCUGGCCGGCAACCCGUUGAAAAUAUAAGCGUGUGUGAGUGUCGGUUGAUUAGCCACAGUCAGGACGGAUCGUCGCUUAGUGCGACAGUGUCCGGUUAGUUAGGCGGCUCUUGUUGUUUCGCGCGAUCAACUCACCCGGUUCUCGAUAUAUAGAAAAUUGAGCAAAACUCGUCGAGCUGCAAGAGAAACAAUAUACAUAGUCAUUGAGAAAAUCAUUCGUCCCCUUUUCUUCUUAUUUUCUCUCUUCUUUUCGUUUUUUCUUUUUUUUUUUUUUUUUUUUUUGUAUAGAAAACGUUUCGAUAUUAACGAUUUGAACUGAGUUCCCCCGGUUCACUCAAAGCAUCGCAAAGUCUGCCCGUGUGUCGGCGACACGAUGCUUGGCUCUCGCUUCGUUAGCUCGUACUAAUCAAAAUUAAUCAUAACCCGGGCAACAAUUGAUCGCAAUUGGCUCGGAUUCCAUUACGGAGAACGCGCGAACGCCACGGCCGUCAUCCUGCGCACCGCGCGCGCCUUUUUGCAUAAUUGGCCAGCUGGAGGUCUUCGCGAAGAACCCAAGAAAUCUGUGAUAAUAAAGGGAACAAGAAGUGAAUGAGAAUUGAAUAUACUUGUCCAGGGUAUUUGGAACUUUGACUGGACGACAUCGAUCAAUUACCAUUUGUUGCUACUGAGAACCAGGAAAAUAGAGAAUAAAGUUGAAGAGGAUAACGUCGAAGAAGAGAAAACUGUUGUGUAAUUUGUAUUGGAUAUCUAAGUGAAGGAUCAAAUGUUUAUUAAUCGCGCGAAGACUAAUAGAAAAACUAUGCAUGAAGAUCGAAGAAGAUAAACAACUGUC